UGUGCUGACGUGAGCGUAUAUAAAUUCAAAUCCCACUUCCUAUAAAGCGCUUGAAUGAUACAUACUACAGCAGAAAACUCACAAGAAACUUUACAGAAAGAAAACACAAGAGAGGGCAGGGAUAAGGUUGAGUCCAGACAUGCGACUGAUCCAGACAAACCUGCAGGACAGAUGGACAGUGCUACAGGCCGUCAUGUAGAGCUGAAAUCCCUGAAGGACUCUGAUCCAAAGACAUCCUCGUCUCUGCUUCUGCUCCCUCAUCCCUGCCCUCCAGCUGGGGCUAAAGAAACACACCUAAUGAAUGCUAUGAAACGUUGUUCAACUUCUUUACCACCAGAGGAUGGUCCAACAUCACCGAAAAAGAGAAAUCUCUGCACUGAAAGUUUACACCGCGGGAUAAAAACUGCUCCAUCAACAAACCCAGAAAGGACAAAAGGCCAGAAGAAUGAAAUCGAAUGGAAUUUCAUCAAUGAAACUAAUAAUGCAGACUGUAUUGAGAAGUCUGAUAAAGAGGUUUUAGAUUAUAUUAAACAGAAUUUUAAUAAAACAUCAGACGAUAGAAAAAAAGAUUUAAAAAAUAAUUUUUUGCAAAUGCUCAAAAACUAUCAACCCACGCCUUUAAUGGGAAAAAAAUAUAGGCAACAAGCAUUUGCUAUAUUAAAAAAAAAGGAAAAUAAUAAGUUAAAUAAUGAAGAAAAAACAGAAGAAAGAAGCUUGAAUUAUUCGACUGAAGUAAUAGGUCCGUUUUAUCCAAAGCAUAAAAAACAUAGUGAGGACUUCAUUAUUAAAGAAAUUAAUGAAAGAAAUAAUAUUUCUGAAGUUUGGAUAUACACAACGAAUAGUCCUUGUUUAGGUAGAAAAUCUCAUCUUCCCUGUAUGUUUAAUUUAAUCAAUUUAGCAAUAAGUCGUCAGAUUAAAAUGUAUAUUGGCUUCUCAAAUUAUUAUAUCUUUAACAAAAACAUGUAUCGUUUUAUUCGAAAUCUGCAAGAUGAUGAAACGAGAGACUGGAAUUCUGACCAGGAAUUUCAGGUUCAGUUCAAUAUAACAGAAUUCAUAUGUAAAUGUAAAGAAAAUGAGAAAAUAAAAGACAAUAACUUAAUUACAGCAGCCUAUAAUAUUAUAAAAAACAUUCUUCCAGAAUAUUCAGGCUUGGAAAAGACGUAUAAAGAUUGGCAUCAGACAGGAUCAGAAACAUUAGCAGAGCUUGAGUCCACACUGAGAGAAGAGAUGAAGGAAAGGAGAGAGAUGAUGGAGAUCUCUGAUGAAGAGUUCAGCGAGAUUACAGAUGAGUGUAAGAAAUGGUGGACUCUAAGCAUAGAUGAAAAUCUCAACAGACAUGUAGUUCCAUCCAUUUUAGAGAAAAUCCAUGACUUUUGUCCUAAUCUGGAGUUUUUCCAGGUUGAUUUGGAGGAUUGCUUGAAUUUGGCUAAUGAGGAAUAAUUGGAAUACAAUUGGAAUAAAUCUCGCUAAUGCUAACUUG